AUGACAUAUCAUUUCGAAACUGAAGUAACCAAAGCGCUCGAACAGUUACUUAAAACUGAAACUGAUUAUAAUGUUAUCAUUUACGCUGGAAAAAAACAUGAUUCUAAGAAAAAAGAUGAAAAAUAUGUAAUUUAUAAACUAAACAUUUCUCCUCAAGUUUUUGACGUUAUUCUUAAAUAUCUUUAUGCUGGUUAUGUUGAUAUCACAGACAAAAUUGGAACUGAACUUUUAAAUAUUAUAAUCGCUUCAGAUAAAUUAUAUUUAGAAAAUUUAACUAGGUUUACUAAAGAUUAUAUCGUUGAACAUCGCCAAUUAUUACAAAAUGAUCCGGUUGGAGCUCUUCAAACUGGGGCUACUAUAAUUGUAUUAAAAAUUAAAAAUUCUGAAGGAAUAAUUGGAGGAUAUAAUCCACUUGAAUGGGAUUCAACAAAUGGUUCUUUUAAACACACGAAAGAUAGUUUUUUAUUCUCAUUUAUAAAUAAAAAGAACGGCCAAAUGGCAAAAGUAGGUUAUAGUAAUGGUAAUAAAUAUUCUAUAACAAGUUAUGAUAAUCCAUGUUCUUAUCCCAAACUUGAUGGUAUCCCAAAAGGAACCUUUGAUAUGGAUGAUUUCGAAGUUUUUCAGGUUAUAAAGAAAACGAAAAAAAAUUAA